GUCUCUACCCCCCGUCCGUCGUCUCCUCGUUACUCUGCUGAAUUCAAAUUCUUCGUUGUUCGAUCAGACGAAAAGCCCUAAAAUGGAUGGACACGAUUCCGAGGAUCCUAAGCAAAGCACUGCCGAUAUGACUGCAUUUGUCCAGAAUCUUCUGCAGCAGAUGCAAUCCAGGUUCCAGACGAUGUCGGACUCCAUUAUUACGAAGAUCGAUGAGAUGGGGAGCAGGAUCGAUGAGCUCGAGCAAAGCAUCGACGAUCUGAGAGCAGAGAUGGGUGUAGAAGGCACUCCUCCUCCAGCAUCCAAGUCCAGCGAUGAACCCAAGACUCCGGCCGGCUCCACUUAAGAAAGCUACUCUCUAUAGUGUUUCAUCCACUCAUUGACACUGACAGGUCAGGAUCUACUACUAUUUGCUUAUUAUGCAGCAUCCUCAUAAGCUAAGCUAUUAAUUUUUCAAAGGGCAAGUGUUUUUUUUUACCUCUUAAGACCAAUAUGACUUGUCAUUGUUAUUGUCGUGUUUUGUGUUAUGAUUUGCUUUCUUCCAACAUGGUUCGUGUGUGAAUGAAUCUAUAUAUUUGUUCUUACAAUGUCUAAGACCCUAUGAGAUGCGACCGAAACGGAAUGUGAUUGUAGCUUCUGUGUUA